AUGCCAUUAAUAGAAUGUAAACUUAAAAGCUGUCCUAGGAUGGGGAUGGGUUCAGCUACUGUUAUAAGUAAAACGUUGAAAGGUAUUAGAGGGGAUAUUCAAUGUAUAUCUGUAAGCAACGAUAAGCCAUUACUAACGAAAAAAUGAUUCUAAACAGAGUUCGGUGGAUAGUGUUGCUUUGCUAACAAUAUUUGUCAUAUUGUCAUAUAUAAUUAUCAUAUUGUGUUAAAAUAAUUACAUAGGUAUGGCAAAAUCAGCUUUUGUUCAGGCAAAUUCUGCUCAAGCAAUGACCAGAAAGACAUUCCCUACAGCAGAGAAGCUGAGUAGAAACCGAGUAAGGUAGAUCAAGUGACGAUAAGAAGAACAAUAAACAAAUACAGGAAGCGUAUAAAAUCGGUAGCGUUGUCGGAACCACGCAUACUGAGGAAACCUUGGAGUGGCAGGUGGUAAAAAGGCGCGGACCAAGUGGAGCAGCGACAACAAAGGCCAGGGCUAUGGUGAAGAGAGAAAUAAAACGGCCCCCAGCAAUUCUAGUGAAGGUGGACAACAGCUCAAACAUUGAGGUCCUGCCGAAGCUAAAAACGGGAUCAGACGUGAAAUCAGCAUUAGGGAAUGUCCAGAACAUAAGGAAAACCCAAACAGGAGAUCUGCUGGUUGAACUACAGUGUGAGUCACAGGACUCAAAAUGGUUAGUUGAUGCAAUAUCCAAGGCUAUUGAGGAUCCAGGAGCAGUAAAAGCUUUAUAACAUAUGGAAAAGAUCGCCGUUCUCGACAUGGACGAGCAAGCAGAAGAAUACGAAAUCGUGGAAGCACUGGUUUCCGAAUAAAAUUAUUUGACCCAGGGAUCAAUUCGACAAUUGGAAAUCAACUCAUAGUCGUCCAUGUGAGCUUAUCAAAGCAAAAUAGCAUAUAAAACUAUAUGGGUGUACACACACACACACACAAACACGGGUGUGCGCGCCGCCACACCAUCUACUGCCGCCGUAAUACCUACAUGACCGUACAGUGAAAUAAUAUUUUCGUUAAUAAUGAUAAUCUCCAUAUACUUGUAUCACUGACUAUAAAAAAAUAGUUUAUUUUUUAUGUGUAUAAUACAAUAUAUUCUUGGUGAGCAUCGAUAAUAAUAUUUUAUCUUACCGUUUUUAAUUUUACGCGUCGAUACAUUUCUACGACACAUCGGUAACAUAAUUAUUAGAUGAUAGAUCCUUUAUAUAUAAUCGUUUCUGGCGACUUUAAUUUUAUUGUCACGAUUUAAGAUAUGACAAAAUACAGAUCAAAUAAUAUAUUUUACAAUAAGUUAUAGUAUAUUUUACAAAAAAAAAGAAACGCGUGCGAACCGUAUAUGGUAAUAUUCACUAUACAUGAAACCGAAUACCCUUCCAACACAGUAAGCUUGUAAAGUAUACAGCGCCGAAAUAAAAUUUCAGCACAUGGGCCUGCCUCACCAGUAUUCUAAACAAAUAAAAAUAUCGUUAUGGGCCUUAGUCGUAACAUAAUAUAAAAAUGUUAAAAUAUUAAUAUAAUAUCAUUUCAUAUGUAAUUUUGGUUAUAUACGUUUUGGCCUUCGUCAGAAUCCGACAAUAUUCAGCAAUAAAAUAUAGAUAGCGGCUAUGAAUAACGGAUUUCGGGGGCACGGCAUUAGCAUAUAUAACGCCGUCUGAAUUAUCUAAUCAGACGAGUUCACCACGAUCAAAUGAGGAACUUCGCGUCACUUUGUUUUAUAAAAUAUUUUUGGAAUUUUAUAUUUUUGUUUGUGAAAUUAAAUUGCACUUAGAAUAUUUUUCGAUGUUUGUGAAUUACGAGAAAAAUACUUUGCUGGGGUAUUUAUAGGUAUUAAUAUUUUUGAGAAUAAAAAAAAAAAAUGGGUUUUUGAAAUUAGAUUGGACCAGUAUUAACUGGGCAUUGCCACAAGUCUAUUUUUUGGUCCCUUGUUACUGAAAUUGAAAUAAUUCAUUUUCUUAAGAAUAUUAAAAAAAAUACCAACUAUAAUAAAAAUUGAAUUACUAAUAAAGUUCUUAGAAAUAUAUGUAAUGUUACAGCAUUCCCUUUAUUGGUUUUUCAUCUGAAAUGUUCCCUAAUAUAUUUAAAAAAAAUCUCUAAUUAUCUCUAAUAUUUAAAAAUGGUGAUAUAAAGUUAUGCAACAAUUACAGACCAAUUGCUUUGACUUAUUUUGUUUUCAUCAUGAAUAGCAACAUAGGUACACACGAUUUUAGUUCUGUUAGGGUUUUCAUUAUAAAUUUAUCUUAAGCCCGUGGGUGGCUUCGCAUCCCACAAACUCCCCCUCUAUGACUAAACUAGUAAAUAAUACCAACAUUAGAAUACAAAAUAGUUUUUCCAAAUUUCUAUUUUUAUGAUUGUCUUAACUCUUAACAUCUUGUUGGUACUUAAUUUGAUAAUUAUAAAAUAAUUUUAAUAAUAAAAAAAAAAGUUUUAGUAAUAAAAUAUAUACCAUAAAUCCAAAUUUUAAAAUAACUUAACAGUAUGCAUAGUUUUAAAAGUUAAACAAAAACAAUUUUAUAUUUAUUUAAACUUACAAUAAACAUACCUUCAAUCAUCGCAUUACUACAAUAUGAUUACGUAUGGUAAUACGAUAACCAUGGAAUACGAUAUGGUAUACUUAAAAAUAAUAUAUCCAUGUUCCAUAAAGGCAUAGAUUAUAGAUAUAGGUAUUUCACAAAUAAAACAUAACUUUCUAUUAUAUCUUUACGUACUUCGGUUAUCUACACAUUUAGAUAACUGUGAUACGUACUUAUACCUAGGCUAGGUAACCUAGCCCAAAAUUAUCACAGAUAUUUUUUAACUGUACCAAUAUUAAACAUACAAAUUAUUAAUACUAAAACAUAAAAAAAAAUAUGAGGAGGAAGAAAUUUCAAGGUGGGAGGUUUAAAACCCUAGAACCCUAUCCCUGCAUACGCCACUGAUCAUGAACAUAUUAUGUUUAAAUUAAAUUAUUUUGGUUAUGUUGAAAUUCAAAAAGCCAUACAAAUCACGGCUAACUUCUUUUUCAGAAAUAACUCAAGAAGGGAUAACUUACAAAUUAUAGAUUUGUGAUUAAAAAUACUUAAAAAUAAUGUAAAACAUUUCAGUGUGGUCAAAAAUUUAGAAAUUAUAAAACGACCGAGUUUCGCGGAAGUUAGAAUAAAUUUUAGUGGAUAAUUAAAAACGGCUAGACUUACAAAUUUUAAAUUUAUGCUUAUAAAUACUUACAAAUAACUUACAAAAUGUUGGCAAAAUUUGAUAUGAAAAUAUUGAAGUGCGGCUAACUUACUUACCUCCACAUAUCUGCAUAUAAUAUUAAGAUUACCAAAAUUUAAAAACGAAUUUUAAUAUUUCAUGUUAAAUUUCUACUUAGAAAAAGGGUCUAUAAAUGACGUAAAUAUUAUUCUGCAAAAACUUUGUAAGAUGAGAAAAAAAAUAUUUUUCAAAGGAUAUACGUAUACCUAUUAUUAAAAUAAAGGCUGUAUUCUAUUGUGGACUUUAUUUUGUGUGGAGAGAAUACAUAAUUAUAAUAUCUGCGGCUAAACUAGGGGAUAUGUAAAAACAGUAGCUACCUAUAAUGUACAAGGUACGACAUACAUGCUAUACGCUUAGGUACAUACUUAUAAUUAGGAAUGAAAUACCGCCAAAUUUUUAAAACACCAGUGUCAUUGUGAAAAAGGGAUGUAACGUAAAUUGUACGCAUGAUUUAUGAUAAUAAAAUUUAAAAUUUUAAUCGUAAUUCGUGAUUUUACGUAAGACUAAAAGAAAAAUAAUUUGCUGUAAUUAUAAAUUAAAUGAAUAUUUUGAUUUCUAUUUACUAUUGUUGUCUUUAAUAAUGCUCAUAAGGGUUAUUGCACAUUGGAAGCAUUUAAUUACUUACAGGCAAUAUCAGAUAUUAUAUUAAUCAUAUAAUAUAUUAGCAUUUAUAAUAUUAUUUAAUAUAAUUAUUUGUAUACCUUCUAAUCAACUGUCCGAGUCCCACAUUCCUAGAAAAGGUAGUAAUGUCUAAAUGUCCAUAUAUUACAAAGGAUAGUCAUUUUUUAAAUGCAUAGUUACUAACACUGUUUAUAUAGCAUGCCGCAUAAUGCCCCUCCUUCAUAGCCGGUAAUCGGUAUUGAUAUGAAUUAUUAAAAUACGAGUUUCAACCAUGAUGCUUGUUUAAUUGUUUAGUUUCUGUUGCAAUUUUGAAUAACUCUCGUUCCGUUUACUAAUUUGUCACGUGUUUAUUUUUCUUAAAAUUAAUAAAAAUGAAUCAAGACGAAAACUGGGAUACCUGGGAUUCGCCAGCGGUUGUCUCAUAUCAACCUCCACCUCAACAAUUUCAGCAAACUUAUUCUAAAACCCCAUCAAUAAAUGUAGAUGAUUUAAUCAUAGAAAUCGAUUCCCGUUUGGCAGGUACCAUCAUUGGAAAAGGUGGUAUAAAAAUUAAAGGCUUGAAGAAAGAAAGUGGUGCUUUUAUUUCAAUUAUUGAUGGUAAUACUUAUGGAUUAAAAACUGUAAAAAUAUCAGGUGAUGCAAAAGCUAAAAAAAUUGCUCAUAAACUCAUUAACGAAAUAAUUGACUCUAAUGAUCCAGAAAAAAUGAGACAAAAAUUACUAGCUGAUCAACAAGUAUUAAAGCAGGAAAACAUUCAAUCAAUAUCUAAUUUUGAUUGGGAACAGUUAAUGAAAGAACAAGCUGAAAACAUUAAGAAGAAAUUGGCUGCUUUGCCAUCCAUUAUUAAGAAUUUUUAUAAAGAACAUCCAGAAGUCACUAUGAUGAGUGACCAAGAAGUAGAAGAUUUCAGGUUAUCUAAGAAUAAUAUAAUGGUUAAAUACAUUGAUGAAGAUAAUGUUAAACCAAUUCCUAAACCAAUAUUGUCAUUUAACCAUGCAUUUAAAGACUAUCCAGAUAUACUAAAAGAAAUAAAAAAACAAAAAUUUGAAACACCAUCACCAGUGCAAUGUCAGGCUUGGCCAGUUAUCAUGAGUGGCCAUGAUUUGAUAGCUAUAGCUCAAACUGGAACGGGUAAAACUUUGGCAUUUUUGCUACCUGCCUUCAUUCAUAUAGAUUUUCAACCAACUCCUCGUAAUGAACGUAAAGGACCAUCUAUAUUAGUGUUGGCACCAACUAGAGAACUAGUAUUACAAAUUGAAAGCGAGGUAAUCACUUAUAAUUUUAUAAUAAAAUAAGUUUGAAUAUGAUAUUUAAUAUGUUUAAUAUGUUAUUUAGGUUAAAAAGUAUAGUUAUAAAGGAAUUAAAGCCAUGAGUAUUUAUGGUGGUGCUAGUUCUGGAAAGCAGAAAGAAUAUUUACGUGGAGGAGUAGAAAUCGUUAUUGCUACACCAGGUCGCCUUAAUGAUUUUGUUGGUAGUGGUGCUAUUGACUUGUCUGAUGUUACAUUUUUGAUACUUGAUGAAGCUGAUCGUAUGUUGGACUUGGGUUUUGAACCUCAAAUACGUGUUUCCUUACUUAAGGUGAGACCAGAUAGACAAACUAUUAUGACAAGUGCAACUUGGCCACCUGGAGUUAAACGUCUUGCGAAAAGUUAUACUACCAACCCUGUUCAAGUAAUGGUUGGAUCAUUAGACCUGACAACUGUUAAUACUGUUAGACAAGAUAUUCUUAUAAUGGAAGAAGAAGAAAAGGAAAAUUGGCUUGAUGAUUUUUUGAAAAAUUGUUCUACAGAUGAUAAAGUAUGUUUAAAAUUGAUUAUCUUAUAUUUUUAACUACUCGCCAUUAAAUGUUAAUAUCCUUAAUUAGGUAAUAAUAUUUGUUAACCGUAAAGUAACUGUUGAUCAGCUUUCAUCAGAUUUAUGCAUGAAAGGUUAUAAUGUUGAAUCCAUUCAUGGUGGUCGUGAACAAUGUGAUCGUGAACAGGCUUUGGAUAGUUUACGUAAUGGGGAUGUUUCUAUUUUAAUAGCUACUGAUGUAGCUUCUCGUGGUAUUGAUAUUAAUGAUAUUACAGUUGUAAUAAAUUAUGAUUUUACCAAAGAUAUUGAAGAAUAUGUGCACAGAGUAGGCCGGACAGGACGUGCUGGUAAAACUGGUCUUGCAAUUACUCUUAUGACAAGACGGGACUGGAGUAAAGCCAAAGAACUUAUAGAAGUUAUGGAAAAAUCUGGACAAAAUGUACCUCAGGAAUUACAAGAUAUGGCUAGAAGACAUGAAGCAAAACAAGAGAAGGACAAGGCUGAAGGAGGAGAUAGACCAUUUAGAGGUGGUAGAAGGGGUGGUGGUGGAAGAGGAUUUUCUAGUGGCAGCGGAGGUGGAUUUUCAGGAAAUCGGAGAAAUAAUUGGUAA